CAAUUCUUCAAUCAAAUCCAUGGAGUCGACGUCUUGCUCUGCUUUCAAGCUCCCUCUUUCCGAUCUCCGCCAUUCCGAUCGGAGGUGCCGGUUAUUUCCUCAGCGAAAGCAAAUCGUGUCGGUUUCAUGUCAUGGCUCUGUCGGAGGAUUACAUCGUGGCGGUGCUGUUCGGAAGAGGGGUUCAACUUUGGAGACCCGCUGCUCGGUUGGGGUCUCAACGUAUGGAGAAAGUUUUGUGGAAUCUGCUUCGCAUGGCACAGAGGAGAAAAUUGGAGUCCUGCUUCUGAAUCUUGGAGGGCCAGAGACACUUAACGAUGUUCAACCCUUUUUGUUUAAUUUGUUUGCUGAUCCUGACAUCAUUCGCCUUCCUAGGUUGUUUGGGUUCCUUCAGUGGCCAUUGGCAAAGUUGAUUUCUGUACUCCGGGCUCCUAAGAGUAAAGAAGGGUAUGCUGCUAUUGGUGGUGGCUCUCCUUUGCGUAAAAUUACGGACGAGCAGGCGGAUGCUCUUAAACUGGCUUUGGAAGUGAAGAAUAUGCCUGUGAAUGUAUAUGUUGGAAUGCGUUAUUGGUAUCCAUUCACUGAAGAGGCAAUUCAACAGAUCAAGAGGGACAACAUAACAAGACUUGUUGUACUGCCACUAUAUCCACAGUUCUCUAUCUCCACAACUGGGUCAAGCAUCCGUGUGCUUCAGAAUUCAUUCAGGGAAGAUGCAUUUUUAUCAAGACUGCCUGUUGCUAUUAUAAAGUCCUGGUAUCAACGUGAGGGCUAUAUUAGGUCUAUGGCUGAUUUGAUUGCAAAAGAGCUGGAGAGAUUUGCAAAGCCCGAGGAGGUCAUGGUAUUCUUUAGUGCCCAUGGAGUACCAGUCAGUUAUGUUGAGGAUGCUGGAGACCCCUACAAAGAUCAGAUGGAGGAUUGCAUCUACUUAAUUAUGCAAGAGUUAAAAGCUAGAGGAAUUAACAAUGAUCAUACUCUUGCUUACCAGAGUCGAGUUGGACCUGUACAGUGGCUGAAGCCCUACACAGAUGAAGUUCUUGUUGACCUUGGCCAGAAAGGUGUUAAGAGUCUACUAGCUGUCCCAGUGAGCUUUGUGAGCGAGCACAUUGAGACACUUGAAGAGAUUGACAUGGAAUACAAGCAUCUGGCUCUUGAAUCUGGCAUCGAGAACUGGGGUCGUGUACCUGCGUUAAACUGCACAUCUUCAUUUAUUACAGAUCUAGCAGAAGCAGUAAUUGAAGCUCUACCUUCAGCAAAAGCCAUGACAAACUCAGAGGGCACCUCUGGAGAGAAUUUGGAUAAUGACCCCCUGAAAUACCUUGUGAAGAUGUUCUUUGGAUCAGUAUUGGCAUUUAUUCUGCUCCUCUCUCCAAAGAUGGUGCAUGCAUUUAGGAACCAUCCCUUUUGAAUGGUGUUUACAGAAACUGCAGCUUGUUGGCCAUGUUUAGUUGGAUGGAAUGGCCAUUACUUGGUCAAUGCAUGAAAGUAAGACAAUAAAAGGAAGUGUACUUGAAAAGAUGAGAAAAAGAAGGUGAGAAUAAGAUUGUUUAUUUUCUUUUAAAUUGAGGAACAAUGUUGGAAUAACUAAAACCUAAAAUGAAGGUGGCACUAGGUAUUCCUACUUUAUUCCCAAUUGCAAAGAAAAUAAGUAACCUUAUUCCCCUCUUAUCCCUCCUCUUCCUUAUCCUGUCUUAUUUUCAUGCAUUGACCAAGUAAUAGCCAUUCUAUCCCACCAAACAUUGCGGUAGAGAAUCUCAACCCCAUUUUUUAGAACUACAGAUGGUUGACCAGGGAUUUCAUUUUCUUACUUAUACGUUUUGAGCAUAUACAGAGGGAGGGAUGUUGUGCAGCAUUUUGUAGCCUUCUUGUCAAACUUUCCUGAUGUCUUGCUGUUGAUGGUUGCUAAUAAGUAAUCUUGCUCAAAUAUUUUCACAAAUAUUGAUCGGUGAAAUAACAUGAGAAACAUACAUAGCAUUGACCCUGUAGGGAAUGUGCAUCAUUUUUAAUUUAUAAAACAGCCUUUCUGUU